UUCAUGGAAAUAGAGAAGCUCCAGGAUGUAGGCAUUGGGAUGGCCGACAUCUCCAAGCUCAAGGCAAAUGGCAUCGCAUCCAUCCGCGCUGUACAAAUGACGACCAUGCGCAACCUGUGCAAGGUCAAGGGCAUGUCCGAAGCCAAGGUCGAAAAAAUCAAGGAGGCCGCGAAUAAAUUGGUGCCGUGUGGCUUCAUUACAGGCGUAGAGUUUGCCGAGAAGCGUCGCCACGUCAUCCGAAUAUCGACUGGAAGCAAGGAGCUUGACAAGCUGCUCGGCGGCGGGGUUCAAAGCAUGUCCAUCACAGAAGCCUUUGGCGACAUGGCAGUCGCUUUCAUCGAUACCGAGGGCACCUUCCGUCCGGAUCGUAUCAAGGCCAUUGCAGCCCGAUUCCAGGUCGACGGCGACACGGCUCUCGACAACAUCAGCUAUGCACGCGCAUACAACAGCGAACAGCAGCUGGAUCUCCUUCUCGAGAUCGCCGGGAGGAUGGCUGACGAGCGCAGUUAUAGGCUCCUGGUCAUCGACUCCAUCAUCGCCCUCUUCCGGACCGACUACAGUGGGAGAGGAGAGCUGGCCGAGCGCCAGCAGAAGCUAAACGGCAUGCUCUCCGUCCUUAUGAAGAUUGCAGAACAGUUCAAUAUCGCCGUCUGGAUCACAAACCAGAUGUGCUCGGAUCCUGGUGCCGGAAUGACUUUCAUGGCCGACCCAAAGAAGCCCAUUGGCGGCCAUGUUCUGGCCCAUGCCUCCACCACCCGCCUGUAUCUUCGAAAGGGUCGAGGAGAGAGUCGCAUCUGCAAGAUCUACGACUCGCCCGACGUGCCCGAGGCCGAGGCAGUGUACCAGAUCUCGGAGGGUGGCAUUAUCGACUGCAAGGAGUGAAUCAGAAGGGUGCCCGUACCGUUGGACGAUGCAAUUUGUCCAAAUCAAUUAUGCACUGUGCAGUCAGAGCCCAUGCGUCAUCCAAAUCAACAAAGAUAUAGCGUACCCAUUUGGAACGGGACACCUGUUUGAGUCAGAGCUGUCGUUGAUUUCUGGUCCUAAAUACACACUCGCCCAUCUCUACCAUGA